AUGGCCAGCUCUCCUGCCCAGCUCCUAGCCCAGGAUCUCCUGCUGCUCCCAGGCCAGGCCCUGCUGCAGGAGUGGGGCAGGGCCCAGCCCAGCACAGAGGGGUACAGCAGCUGCUCCCCAACGCCCUCCACCGACUCCUGCGGCCUCUCGCCCCUCUACCCCCUCUGCCCAGCUCCCCAGGAGCCCUGCAGCAGCUGCCCUGCAGCCCCGAGCCUGGUGCUGACGCCAAGACGCAGGGCUGGCCUGUGCCCAGCCUACGGGAGCAGGAAGGGCAGCCGGGGCAGGGCAGGCGGCGGGCAGAGGCAGAGCGCCAGCGAGCGGGAGAAGCUGCGCAUGAGGAACCUGUCCAAGGCUCUCCACACCCUGCGACGCUACCUGCCCCCCUCGGUGGCACCGGCCGGCCAGAGCCUGACCAAGAUCGAGACCCUGCGCCUCGCCAUCCGCUACAUCUCCCACCUGUCGGAGCUGCUGGGGCUCAGCGAGGAGACGCUGGCCCAGAGGAGAGGGGGCCCACGCCGGCACUGCCCCCUCUGCCCCGAGGGGCUGGGUUGCUGCCAGGCCAGGACCCCUGGCCUCCGGGCAGCAUCUCCAGCCCCGUGGGAGGGGUCCCCUCCGGCCGCAGAGUCCUGGGUGUCGUCCACCUGCUGCCCUGCCGCGGGGACACCCCCCGAGCCGCACAGGGCACUCAGCACAGACACAGCCUCUUGGCUUUCGCCCCCUUACUGCCCUGCCGCAGGGACACCCCCCGAGCCGCACGGGGCACGAAUCCUGGAUGCGGGGCCGAUGCUGCUGCCAGCUGAUUUUGCAGACAUGGGUCUGUCCUCCCAGGAUCUCUCCGGCGAGCUCCUCUCCCUCCUGGAGGCCCUGCUUCCCCAGGACUGA